CAGUAAUAUUAAUAAUAACAACAACAAAACUAAUAAUACUAAAUAUAGCAAAGAAAAUGUAAAUGAUUUAAUAAAUGUCCUCCCACGAAAGCGUAAUCGCACACCCACUCAGGAAUCAAAUAAUAUGAGCUUCUCUUCAGCCAACUCCGUACAGGACGAUAUUACCGAUCAGUGUGGUCUAACGAAGGCUGGUCUAGAAGAAUAUAAUAUUAGAGCGAAUUCAUUUUAUGAUAAUCCCGUUAUGUAUCAUCAUCAAAAGCAAUCAUCCUACGCCCAAUCGGAAGGGUAUCACAGCUACGUAUCCAGUUCGGAUUCAACAUCGGCUACACCUUUUUUAGAUAGAUUGCGACAAGAAAGUGAGUUACUAUCCCGUCCAACGCAUCAUUGGUCGCAAAAUGAUUUAUCAUCGUUGGCUUCGAAUUCAGUAACAUCCUCGCCGACUUCUCUUAGUUGCACUAGAGACGAGCACAAUGAAACUCACCAACAGCAGAAAAAUGGAUCAGAGAGCACUUCUUCAACGGAAACAUUAAAAUGGUUGGGUUCUAUGAGCGACAUAUCCGAAGUUAGUCAUGCUACAGGGUUUUCAGCUAUCUCGGAAUCGGUGUCUACGUCUCAAUUGAUAGUGCACAGUUCCCGCGUCUUAACUCCAAAAAGGCAUCAAAGUGAAAGCGUACUUUUUCCUAAUGAUGAACCGCAUAACUCGCAGCUCACCAAUAAUUCUCUAUGUACGACAAGCUAUCAUCAUCAACCAUGCAGUCCGAGUUUGGAACACCAGCAUCAGCAAAGCUUAUCGGAUAACACUUUAAUUACAAAACACCAACACAGUCCCAGUUACCCGCCAAUACAUAACUCUCAUACACUAUUUAGCCAAUCUAGUGCUUCUUCUUCUUCUUCCUCCCUCCAUAAAAGCAAAAGUUCGUCUUUGGCUACAAAACUUGACGAGCAGACUACGACAACCAGAGAUUUAUCCUCGCACAAGUCCAGCAUAUCAGUUACCAUAUCAAGCAGUGAGGCAGUAGUUACAAUAUCGCCAUAUCCACCACCUUUGCCUCCUUUAAAGCUCACUACAACCGAAAAAAAAAAUGCAUCUCCCCUUUCACCUUCGCGAUCACAUAUGCUUAGCAAUUCAACAAGUUCCUUAGCUAAAGCAAACACUAGGACCACAAUAUCGGCUUCCUUAGAUUCAUUGGCCGAUAAUAAGUUGGCGACACCUGCUUGCGGCGCCUAUCGUAGUAAUCAUCGCUUGUUCCCUAUAAGCACAUACACAGAGCCUGUACAUAGUAAUACCUCGCAAUAUGUACGUCAUCCUAAGCCUCAGUACAGUACCGAAUUGCAGAAGCCUCCCCCAAAGCCUUCCAAGCUUAGCUCAUCAAAUUAUCCGCAGCCCAGUUGGCAAUCUGUGGCAGCUCUUAUAAGCGACUUUGAACGUAGCAAUGACCACGAGCAGUCAGUGCAAAAGUACUCUUACUUAGAUCCUAAUAAAACGCAACGAGUUCCGAAUCCAGCUUUAAAAGCUCUACAGAAAAAUGCAGUUCAGUCGUACUUUGAGAGACAACAGCAGCAACAGCAACAACAACAGUCGCCGCAACCAUCGCACGAAAGCCUUUCGCCGAAAAGCUAUCAUCCUUCCACAAGACCGUGUUCGUUGCAAAAUUCAUCUCCGAGCAGUGAAUUGUCAAUUGUGAGCCAAGCUUUCCUUAGAAAUUCUUUGCCUAGCAACUAUGUACCAAACGUCGCAGUAACAACUCAAAGACCAACAAGAGGUGAUCAGGAGGCAAUUAAACCGCCACCGCCACCACCACGUUCGCGUACCGCAGCGCCUACAUUACUAAGACGUUCCUCUUCAGCCUCCGAUUACGCUGAAUUUCGUGACCAAUUCACUAGUGCUUCCCAAGAGAAAUUACAAUCUCAAUCUAUUAAGAACAUUACAAAUGCGGAGAAAUUCUCUUUUAAUGAUUGUGGUAUGCCACCGCCACCACCACCCCCGAGAGGUAUGACCUCAAUGCCCAUGAGACGCACAUCAUCUGCCUCAGAAUAUGCAGCUAUUCGCGACAAAGUUUUAUUGCAACAAGCUGCCGCCCUGGCGCAUCAGCAAUUACAUCCUCAUCAACACAGUAUUACUACAACGUCAUCGCAUCAUCAGGCGUUUAUAAGCCAUCAUCACCACCAUCAUCACCACCACAAUAAUUUCAUUGUACCUUUAUCAGGGUUAGUAGAUGGUUGGGCGCCCGAACGACCACCAAAGAAUCCUAAUUUGCGAGUACCUUCACCGGACUUGCCGCCGCCACCAGCCCUUGAAAGUGAUUCGACAUUUUCCGAUGAGCCCUUGCCACCUCCGCCACCAGAAAUUUUACAACGUCAAGCUCCUCUUAACGAAACGUUACCCGAACUAAUGCCCAAAUCAAUCUCGCCUAAUAGGCGUAAUAGUUUCGCUGGUGCUUCCUUACGUAAGGCUAACUUCUUCGGACGAUCGACUUCAAAUGAAAAUAAUUCAACUGUUCCUCCUUUAAUACCACGUAAACCGGCCAGUAUUGAAAUAUUGCAAGUAGCACGUCCUCUAACAACCACUUUAACUCAAUUGCAUUGCGCUAAAGUUCAUUUACAGCAGCAAAAACUUUCGAACACGCCACCAGAAAUGCAACGUUCCACUAUUUUCUCAUCAUCGAUCCGCAAACGUCCGCAUAAUUUAGCCCUGUCCGCCAUACCAUCCAUUCAAGAAAAUGCAGUUAUGAAUACCAUAGGAUCGUUGCUGCCAAGUGGGAUCAAUAACUCGUCGAAUGUUUUGGAAAUAUCACCACCUCCACCUCCUCUAAUGCCUAGGAUAACCAGUCUAACAACGGCAGCUAACGGCAGCACCAAUACGACACCAAUUAACCAUAAAAUAAGAUGCAACUCCAAGGCAUCCUAUCUGCCACGCCAAAGUUUGGAAAAGCAGACCAGCUCAGAUCCCGACCGUGGUAGUUAUAAAAUGACUUUACACUCAAAUGAAGAUUUAGUUGCCACUAAAAUCGCUUCUCAUGACAUAUUGACACAAAAUGGAAAAUUGCCAAAUAACUUGCCUGAUGUUUUACCGCUAGGUGUUAAGCUACAACCUACGUUAUGUGGCACAUCAACAGCAGCUACAUCGUUAAAUAAUAGCAGCAUGUUGCGCUCUGGUUCCAAUAAUAAUUUAGCAAGCACUUCGCCCACUCAGCAGCAAACUGCGGACACGUUACCUAAUGUCUUUGCAGGAUAUCCGCAACAACGUCACACGGCACCUGUACUUAAUACAUUUUCCUUAUCAGCCAGUUACAAUAGAUCUCAAUCCCUGGUAGAUGCCGAUAGUGUCAAUAACAAUCUCACGACGAAUAUCGCAGGCACAAAUAAUAAUCAUAAUCAUAUCCCAAAUCGUUAUAUAAUGACGGCCCUGGCGGUCGAUUCAAAAACGGCAUUAAUGAAUCUGGAAGUAACUAGAGAAGGAUCUGCUCCACCACCUAUAAUCGCUUCGCAACAUCACAAGCUACUAAAUUCGUUUACCGAUGAUCAUCUAAUGCACGACGAGAGAAUCAGUCAGCAUAGUAGUAGUUCGAGCAGCCUUAAUAGCAAUCAGACAAGCAAUGAGAGCGAGUCAAAAAUCUUUCGAGCUGAAUUGGUGAACACAACUCUGCCCAAUUCACCGAAUAUAUCAAAAAAAGCAGUUAUACGCCAGGAGUCGUUAAGGGAAAAUAUAGAAAAAAUCACUCAAUUGCAAUCACAACUUAUGUCGGCACACAUUAGCGAUAAUUUGCUAAUGAGCGGUUUCGGUGUAACAUCCAAUUACAAUAAUAAUAUCAAAAGUUCUCUAAUCAAUAACCAAAUUAUCGAUAGGCAAAAAACCUCGGAAGAAACUGAAAAGAAAUCUUUAGUGGAUUGCACUCAGGUACAUGCAGGGGAAAACAACAAGGAGUAUCAUAUAAAUGCCAAAAAACGAGCAGCAGAAACUCGUGCAAUAACCUCUGACGGAACAGAAAUGGAAAUGAAAAAAGCAAUCUUCUCACCAAAGCCUGAUCCUGUCGAAUGCAAGGAAUCUAAAGAAGAAAAGAAUAUAUUAUCGCAAUUAGAUUCAAAUACCGAUAGUUUAAAGCUAAUACAACGCAGUGAGUUGAUAUUACGUGUUAAUCCGUCUACUGUGGAAGUUGCCUCGCAAACCGAAGAUGAUUUUAAUCAUAGCCACAACGACUCAGAUAUGCAGCGAAUGACGGAUAAUCAUAAUACUAGCAAAGAAACGUCACCAGAAACUCCCUUACACACUACUCUGCAACCGCGACAGAUACAUUCCAUUGAAUUGGAUUGUGAGAAACGAUCACAGGAGCUGGCUCGAAUGUUGCCGCCAAACGAUAAUUUAAUUCUUAUGUUAGCACCACCAGGUCGAAAAACUGUUACGGAUUAUGUUAGCCAAUUAUAUAAUUCGAAUGUACCAAUGCGACCCAGUAAGCGUGACGUUGGCACCUCUACUCUAACACGCAACAAUCAAUUAAAACUGGAACAGCAAGGAAUAGCCAGUGAAAGAUUAGAAAAAGUGGAAUUGCAAUUAAGUGAAAUUGAAGUGAACACUGCUACAGAAAAUUGUGAUAAAAUAAAGAAUAAAGUGGAUGAAUUGAUUCAUCAACUAAACAAUAAGAUAAACAUUUUGACGAAGGAAAAAACUGCUCUAGAUGAGGAAGCGACUUUUAACGAUGAAUUGGGUAACAACUUAAUCGAGAAGUUAGCGGAUAACGUUCGACCAACUGAAGCUUCUAAAGGCCGUGCCUACAUAACUGAUGUGGGUCAUAUAACUGGCUUAUUGCUCUCGUUAUCCGAACGUUUGGCCAAAACUGAAAAUCAAUUAUAUGCAAUCGGUGAGGCCAGUAACGAAAAGCAAUGUCUAGAGACUAAACGGGAUCGCUUGUUCGAACAACUGUCGGAAGCGAAACAGCUUAAAGAGGAUAUUGAACGUCGCGGUGCAAGCGUCACACAAUUGUUGGAAAGAAAUCUUAAUGCCGAAGAGUUGGCCGCUUUUGAAUAUUUUAUUAAUAUGAAAGCCAAAUUGAUCACAGAUGGGCGUGAUAUAACCGAUAAAAUUAAGAAGACUCAAGAAUUAUUAACGGCCCUUAAUGAAACUCUAAUCCAAAGCGACUGUUAAUUAAAAACAAAAAAAAGAAAAAACAAAAAAAA